CAUGUCUUCAGCUUGACGCUUACCAUCAUCAUCCUAUUUUUUUUCCACAGCUAUCUCCUGAAAAACGACCUCUUAUCAGAGGCCCAUUGCGUGGCAGAAGGCCUACGUCAGACUGUUGAAAGUAUUUUAUUGUUGACGAAGUCUCUCAAUACAAUAAUAAUGCAAUCAAGCACUGGCAGAUCUAGAAGCGUUUGAGUCCAGGAAGAGCGGUUCCAAUAGAUUCCAAACCUCAGGUCUCGGGACUUGCUGGCGUUCCCAGGCUAGGCUGUAGCUACCUUGACUGAGGUCAAAUAUCGUAUACCAGGGGGAAAGACAGCUUUCCCUCUAACUUUCCACCUUCAAGUCGUUGGCUGCCAUGGAUAAAUGCCCUCCAGAAAUCCAUGCCCGUAUCUUCGCCUUCGCCUGUACUGAUGAUGGCACGACUGGCAGGUCACUAUCACACGUCUCUAGAUACAUUCGCAUAGCCUCGUUUCCGUAUCAGUGGCAAUCGCUUUGCCUUGUCGGGGCCAAAUGCGUCACUCGUUUCGCCGAGUUAACGAGUGUAGCAGAGGAACGACGAUCGAUACACCAUCUCUUCAUCUCCGACGACGCUGAAGGCCUACGUCCUCCACAUGCCGCCUACAAUGCCCUCCCCAACGACUUGCCUUGCAAGUCCGUGCACGACGUGCUGAGUUACGCCGCCGCCACUCUCCAGACCCUGACCUUCUUCUCUUCUGCUCAUUAUCACGGAUCUGCCGUACCCUUAUCUCAUCUUCUCGCUAUACAUUACCCAAAUCUUACCGAGUUGACUAUACGCAGUCAUUGCACUCCGGUUCAACUUGCCAGUACGGCAAGUAACUUAAAGCUUUCUUUAUGCGAGGUGCCUAGUCUUCAGAGACUUCAUCUCGCCAUUCCUUGUCAUGGCUUCUCCUAUGGCAAUCUCGAACGCACAAGAGAGCUCGUUCACACCAUCGGACCCAACAUAACGCAUUUCCGAGUUUCGAUGCUGGACAGGUGGGGAGGUAAACGAGUGGCAGAAGUGGUGCAUGCCGAGCUCGCUCAGUUGAAGAUAGUCAAUUCUACCAUAGAUCUGAGCCCCAUUGAUGCAGACCUUCCUCAGUUCGCCAAUGCACCCGAGGUGACCUGGAACAGACUGUUACCAGAGUCAUUGGAAAUGUUCGUGCUCCAACCAUCGCCCACACUGAACUUCUACUGCUCGUGCUGUAUGGAGUUUCGCGGCGAUCUAGAUGUGAUGCGAUUGUUCGAUAGGCUAUCCGAGGAAGGCGAAGGGAGUCUAUUCCUUUACAUUGCACCAUUCAAUAUGAAGUGCAAGGGCCCGAUGAACAAUGCUGGUUACGGGGCUGAAGAAGCCAUGGUUGAUUGGUUGGAGAGGAUUCGUGACACAGACGGUUGUUGGCAGCGGAGGGAUGAACAACCAGAAGAUCUCCCAAGCAAUUCUCGUACUAGUGGCCCCAUCCAGAGCGUGCCUGCCAUUGUUGAACCGAGAGACCCUCCACGUCGGUCUCGUGGAAAACGGAGAUCCUUCGUCAUAUCAGGUAUCCGUAAACUUGUUGAAAAGUUCAGAAUCUAGUUUCCCCUACCUGUUGUCCAUCUAGUUCUCACCGGAUUUUCUAUGCUGCUCUAUUUUCUCAUCGAGGCUGCCUCAUUGCACAUUGUACAGUAUCAAGAAUGAAUUUGUAUGAUAGAUCUAACGUGUCGUUACCUACGGACCCUAGAUUAAGUUGUACAUCAAAAGCAUUGAGAUGCUAGUGAAUACGAACCACAACCAAUAUACUUCGCAGAUCGAAAUGAUGUCUGGCAUAUGACAGGGCAGAGUAUUAU